UGGAUGGUUUUGGUUUUUUUGUUCAUCUGAUACGCUGACAUCGAUGUCAGAAAGAAAGGCUGAUAUGUCAGUUUUGUUUGUAUUUCGUUGAGCCCAGCAGUGCAUAUAUGUGCACUGAGAAAUUGUCUGUGGAAGUGACAGGUCUUGACAAGUGGUGGUAACUGAUGUGACUAAUUUUAAUAAUCAGUUUUGUUUUAUUUUGCUUAUGUCUUUUUAAUUUUUACUCUUGGCAAAUAUUUGUCUUUGUUUAUCUGUUAAAUAACGGUGGUACUAAAAUGUUUUCCGAUAUUGAUUAAUUUUUCCUUAAUUCCAUUGUUUCUAAAUCGAAAUGGAGCCAAGCUCUUCCAAUAUAUCGAAAUUAAAACAAUAUUCGGAAGCAAUCGAGUUAAAUGAUUUUAUAGAUUUUUUAAUUUCGAUAGAUGUUUUGGGUAAAAAGGAUUAUUAUGGAGUUUGGGUUCAGCCCGAAAGGAACAGACUAAACGAAAUUUUUAAUAUUGUAGUCACAAAUGGAAAAAAACAUUUUGAUCUGGUUUUGGAAUAUUUAGUUAAAAGAUACCCAAACAUUGAAGAAAUUAAGGAAGAUGAAAGGCGUUUUAGAAUAUCAUCAGUAAGAGGCAGUUUUCCAAAGUUGCCCCCAAAUUAUGUCAGGAGAGAGACUUUGGAAUGGAUUCAAUUGUCAAAACAUGUAAAAUCAGUAUUGGAGAAUAUCACCUGGAAUAAGAAGUUGGUAGUCUAUGGUAUGAUGGGAUAUGGAAAAUCAUGCCUUGUGAAUGAAGUGUUGAAUGACAAAAUUCUCCGUAAAUACUUUGACAACAAUGUCUUUUGGGUGAAUUUGGGAGAGUAUCACAACAGCAACAAUGUUUUACAAACAAUGUGGAAGCUGUAUUGUAGCGCAUGCAAUAGUUCCAACAAGAUUCACUGCCCUGAUGAUGUACAAAUUUUAAAAGAGCAUUUAAUUAACAUUUUCCUUGAAGAGAGACUGAACAAUGCCCUUAUAAUUUUAGAUGAUGUUUGUAGCAGUGAAGUGCUUAAACUUUUUGAUAUUGGCUGUAGGACUGUGGUCACAACUCAAGAUAAAAAUAUUCUUGGUAGAGAAGAUGCUCACUUUGUGGAGGUUAAGACUGGUUUUUCCUUAAAUGAAGCAAUGAACUUAUUUAGAAUAUCAUUGGGUACAGAUAAAGAUCUCCCUGUAGGUGCUGAAGAAGUGUAUUACAUAUGCAAAGGUCAUCCUACCUUAAUAGCUUUAAUAGGAUCCUAUUUAAGUGAUAACAGAGAUCAUGCAUGUGGAAGCAAGGAUCUAAUUUGGGGGUAUAUUGAAACAAUGUUUCGUAAAGGUGAAUAUCGAUUAAAUGAGUUUGAUGAACAAGUCCAAAUACCAAAUGAAAUGAUUAAGAAAUGUGUAAAUCAGCUGCUUUCAAAAAAUGCAAAGCUCAAAUCUCGCUACGAAGACUUGGCCAUAUUCCUACAAGAUGUCAACAUUCCCCCAGAAGUGCUGGAAAUACUUUGGGACACUGACCCGUCAGAUGUACGCAAUACCAUGAACAAAUUUGCUGAGAAAUCUCUUGUGGUACCUUUCUAUCAUUAUGAUCUCCAAAGGUUUAUAUAUGGUGUCCAUGACAUUUAUUUGAACUACCUCAAAGAAGAAGCAAAAGAUAAGCUCACUGACAUUCACAGGCGGUUGAUCUUAGGCUAUGACAAAUUAACCAAUGGAAAUUACGCUUUCCUUCCUAAUGAUAACUAUUCACUACAUUUUAUUGGUUAUCAUCUGUAUCAUGCGAAGCACUAUGAUAGGUUUAACAUUUAUUUUGACUUGAAGUUCAUUGAAGCCAAGCUGAAAACAGUAGGCAAGGAGGAUCUGCUUCGGGACAUGGAGAAAUAUGAAAAGUUUAUCACCAAAGAGAAUGAGGUGCUCAAACACAAUUUAUUGGAAUAUAAGGAAUUUAUCAAGAAACUGGGCGCGAAUCUGUUUAAUUUCCCGAAAACAGACAUUAUCCAAUAUGCCCUGCAGGAGGACAAAAACAAUUAUGUUUUUAAGGUUGCGUUGGAUGCUGCCAAAGAAUCCUCCGAGUUGUAUUUUGAAUUUCAGCGACCUGUUGGUGAUUUUGGUUAUUCGCAAAUAAUUCAAGUCAAAGACGACGUUACUUGCGCUUGUUUCGUAGAUACGCCCCAGCACAUUUUGGUCGGAACUGCUAACGGUAAAAUAAAGCUAUUUUUUGAGCAGUAUGAGAAAGAAAUAUCGAGUUUUGUGGGGCACACUGGUUUAGUAAAGAGUUUAGUAGUCAGCCCGGAUCAAAGUCACUUUUUAUCUAUCGGCGAGGAUGGUUUGGUUUUCUUGUGGAAGUUCUCGGCCGACAAGAAAAGAAAUAGCAUGGAUCCAGCUUUGCCAGUAUCUCCCAAAACUACCCAGAAAGAUUGGCAGGACAUGUUUACACCAGAACGGGGUCAAAUUAAACCAAAACGGCGUUUCGAAUUGGAAAAAUUUGGCUCGGAUGUAUUAGUUUCCGCGAAUUUUUCAAUUAAUUUCCCGAAGUGUAAUCGCAUAGUGACCGGAUCGCAGAAGGGCAAUUGCUUAGUGUGGGACGUGGACUCGCCCAAAGUGCUGGCCAGUACGGGUGGCAGAGGUUACGAGACCUCUUGCGUUUAUUUGUGCGAUAAUUAUUUAAUGUUCUCAUAUGAGGAUUUGCUCAUCACAUAUGAAAUAAUUGAAGUAAAUACCGAAAUUAAGCUCACCUUUAAAAGUUCGCUGUAUAACAGGGAAAAAAUCAACUUUUUCUUUAUUAAGAAUGAGGAAAUUGUGGUGGUAAGCGAAUCAAUAAUCAACUUGUGGAGGCACGACUGCAAGCAGUACUCAUAUAAGGUGGACCCGGAAUGGGGAAAAAACGUUUGCGCAGCACUGACAGAUGAUGGAGCGCAUUUGGUUAUAAGCACCAACCAACACGCUAUCUAUUUUUGGGACGUCGAAAAGCGUAAAACCGUUCGAAUGUUUGAGAAAGGAUCGGUGAAGUUUUUGGACACAAUUUACGACGAAAACAGCUCAUUUCACAUGCUCCUCAUUGGUUCUGAUCGGAAGACACUGCAACAGUGCCACAUACAGCCAUGCGAGAAGGAACCCAACACCCAUAACUGCUCCAAAUUUGUACCAUAUUGGAAGAAAAAGCAACCAUUUAUUCCACUUGUGUGCGCCAAUGAGAAUAAAAUUGAAAUUCUACAUGGGUACACUGUAGUAUCAGAAAUCGGGAACAUACCAAGUGAGCAGGUAACUUACGCAUGUUUUUCAACGUGCGGCAACUACGUCGUGUACGGUCUAUCCAACGGUGAUAUACGUGUCUUCAACAUAAAAACAAAGACUGACCGCCCUCUCAAAAACCUCCCCCGAAGGGGAAAAAUUAAGUACUUGGAGUGUUUUCCGUACACGAUGCUCGACAAUCCCGCGGAAUACAAUUUCAACAGUGACGUCGUCGGGAUGAAUUCCAUACUGGCAGUAUGUCAAGACGACUUCAUUACCGUUCACGCGGACCACAAUUUGUACUCGUUAAAGGUUCGAGAGCCGAUGGUGCUCGUAAAGCCUCCGAAUAUUAUAAUCGUAAAUAAGAAUUGCCGCGUUCACUUGUGGAAUGUGCAAACUAAUCGAUUAGUAGAGUUCAGCAGCGAUAUCGACAAUUAUGGCAUCGAAACGACGUUAGUGUCGGCAGCGUUCUGCCCUGCAAAAGGUUUACUGGCUGUAUGCUUUAAGGAAGUGCGUGGCAAUUUCUUAAACGUCGUUCGUAUGGAUGAAGUUUCGCUAAAGAUAGCUGUACUGCGACACAUAACAUUGGAAUCCGUCGCUACAUAUUCGAAGUUUUCAAACGACGGCUGUCUCUUAGCGGUCAGCUUGCAGUCGGGGGUAAUUAACAUAUGGAGCCUUCAAAAUGACUAUAAGCUGACCAUGCUCGAUCUGCACAGCGACUUAGUGGAACAGCUACUAUUUUCUCCCAGCAUCGAACCAAUUUUGGUUAGUUUGAGCGACGAGGUUGCGUGGUGGAACUUGACGACGCUUAAAGAAGCACCGAAGAUCGAUAAGGGAAAACCCAAAAGUAUUGAGUUAUUAGAUAACCCUUUGCAAAGUCUGGGUAAUCUAAGUAUUAGCUUCUCGUAUGACAGGCCUUUCGUUGGAGGGUGUGUCAAUUUAUUGGCCUGCGUCCGGUUCCGUUCGAAGGCAAAGUUUAUCUCUGCUUCCAACGAUUUCAAUUCCUUCUUAGUAUUAGACGAAAAGGGGAAGAUUUAUAUUAUUGAAGUCGUCAAACCCAAUUACCUGAGCUAAUAAUUGUUGAAUUUAUUUUUUUUCUCUUUGUUUAACGUUUUUGGGUUUUUUAUUCGAAUCUUUUUAAAUCGAUUCCAGCGACCGUCUGAUAGGUGGUUAAUGCUUUAUAGUGGGGCCUGAUUUCCUGUGAUAAUUGCUCCGUUUGAUGUUUUGAGUUGAAAAAUCUUGGCGAGCAUUUUUACCAAACACUAUUUAUAGACGGAUUUGUAUGUAUUUUACAUUAAAUACAUAUUUUUUUAAAAAUAAGAAUUUAAAGAUACAUCAUUUUGCUCUUACUCAGCUUCAUUGGGGUUAGAAUAUCGCCAAAUGUGCUCAAUUUUUGUAUAUUUGUACAUUUUUAUUGAAUGUAAGACCAAUUUGGUGCAACGAUCAAACAAUAUGUGCAACGAUUCGUGACCCCAGUAUGUGAUUAUUAAUAUUCUAGUGAUCUUAUAGUUAAGAUUAAAAGUCUCAAGAGUCAACGAUAUUAACAUUUUUUCGUCUUUUUUACGAAAGUAGUCCAAUUGUGCGACCGUAUCUGAAAUAAAUCGCUAUAGCUGCAUUAAAAAUAUACAGUGUACUGAAACUUGACCUAAAACCCCAUCAGUGAAUAUGUAGCGAAUCGAUUUCAAGAAAAUCUUUAUCACUUGUGCAUUUUACGUAAGUAAGAUCUUCGCUGCAUAUGUUUUUUAGUUGAGGAUUUUUUUUCUGAACUGUAGUUUAGAAGUAAUUUAAAUUUUAAAAAAUUAAAUAAAAAAAAAUUAAAAAAAUAAAUAAAUAAAAAGGUUAAAAAAGCUUUUUUUUCAACUUUUUAUUUAUUUUAUGUCAGGCUAUUCCUCAUUCUAUUCUAGAAUAGGAUAAUUAAACUUGGAAUUGUCGGAAAUUAUUCCUUUUUUGUUUUAUCCUAAUUCCAAGCGGGGACUUGAAUGUUGAUAAAAUAAAUUUGUUGAAAUCGUGCAAUGCUGUCAACAUUUGCUAGAUGUUUUUAGGUCAAAUUUAACAGACUGUAUGUGUACGCCUUUCCAGUGAGCCACUAUAGCUCAAUUAUGGUGUUCUUUUUUCAGUGGCUUUUUAUAUUACCUAUAGAAAAAUUUUGAUGCAUUCGUACCCAUUUAUUUUGGAGGACAUUGGUACACAAUUUGAUCUAGAUUUAAUAUAGUUGGCUUGGGUCUGCGUAAGACAAAUUUUGUUUCUAGGCAAUGCGCAACGAAGUGGGACUUUCUUUCUACAUAUACGCGGUAUCACCAAAGAAAUUCCAAUUCUAAAAAAGCGUCUGAAUUUAUUAGACAUUGGUAAUUCUUUAACUCCUUCAUUGUUAAUGUACUUAAAUUGAUUUAACUCGAACUUUAUCUGCAUUUGGCGGAUUUGAAUAAUGUCCCAUUUUGUUGCGAUUAUAGUUAAUUGUCGUUUUUAUAUAUUUCUUUGUUGUUUAUUAUGUUAUUGUUUAUGUUACUUUUGGAUAAUAUGACUCUAUUUUGCCUAUAAUUUAAUUUUUGAAGAUGUUAGCAUUCCUGCAUAUUUCAAUAAAUUAAAUUAUCGAAUUCUUCAAAAUUAUUUUAUCUGACACACAUUUUUCAAUUUUGUCCAUUUUGUCCUUUUUUUUUAAUUUAAAAUGAUUGAUUAUGCCAAACGGCACCACCCAGUGCCACAUUUUUUAGAAAGUAACAUUCUUGUAACAACUUGUUACCGUCCUGAAGCUUAUAGGGUUAUAUUUUUUGUCUUUUAGGUAUUGAAAAAAUGUAACGAUAAGCUUCCAUUAAAUUUAAUUCAAUUUAUUAUAAAAUAAAUGAAUUAUUUAUUCCUUAUAUAAUUGUCCCGUACCAAAAUGUUGUUUUACCUUGUUGGGGUCGAUUUGCGUGGCCCAGUCUUAUAAAUAGCUCCAUUUUUUAGUGAUUAUUUAUUAAUUUUUAGUUUCAGCUCAAUAUUUUUUAUAUAUUAUAUAUUUUGUAUAUUGAAAAUCAGUAAUUAAAAGGUUAUUAUAGAAAUUCGAUUCGUAUUUAUUUAACCGAACUUAGGAAUAGGAACAGACAUAAAACAAAAAUUGUUAUACAUUUACUCCAUAAAUUGUACAUAUGUCUAGCCUAUGGUACAAUAUCACAUUUUAAAGAGUGGGCUACAAAUUAAUCGAAUGUGGUUCGUAUUCAAGAGCACUUUUUGCGUUUCAGUGAUGGAAUUUUCUUGAAGGAGCAGGAGAAAUCAAUGCGGUAGCGUUAGGAACGCCAUCUCCACCUCUAAAUAAAACAAUAAGGGUUUCCCGGUAGAUUGAAACUUAAAAAUGAUAUUCAAAGUAUCCUUAAAAGUACGAAACUGCACAUUCCCAACAAAUUAUGACACAUGAAGUAGACUAAGCACUUCAGAAGUCUAACGUUAUUUUUGGCAAUUAUUUAGAAUUAGAAUUUGCUAAAGCUAUCUGAUAUACAUUACCCUAUAGGAUAAACCCAAUGACAGUUUUUUUUUUGUAAAUAUAUUUGUCUAAUUUCCUAACAAAGAUAUAUUUGUAUAUGUAUAAAUAAUUUUUACAAAUUUUACAAACUAUCAAAAAAAACUUCCCGACAUUUUCUCUAUCGUUAUUUAAGAGUGACAUGAAAAUGAUUGUUUUGUGAUAGCGAAAUUUUAGAAUUCCUGCAGACAUGGAUUUGGCUAAAUUUCCUCGUGAAAUUGUUUGUUUAAAAUAAAUCUCUUGUGUGUUAGAGCCAUCGUCGUAAAGUUUGGCACCAUUUAGUCGUCAGAAGAAAAAAUAAGAACUUUGGAAACACUGCCGUGUAACACUCAGGCGUCAGACAGAUAUCUCGCAUCGGUUUGACUUUACGCACAAUAAAUAUCAUAAAGCAAAAAAAAAAAAAAA